AUGUCAGGCCUUGGUCCUACAUCUCCAGAUGAAGGAUCUGCUUCUUCGGACCAUGCUGCUGGUGCCAGGCAAGUUCCGGGUACAGGUAUCACCUCUGGCACUCGCAGGCCUCGACAGGCCGUAGAGUCAACAGCUCGGCCGUCAUUGAAUCCUUCUGCAUCGUCCCAAACCUCUGCAAGACAAAGGACUGGAACACGUACAUCCACAGCGCAUCCGCCUUCAAUCUUACCUCCUGAGAAAGUGUUCCCGAUUCAGAUCGGAUCUGAACUUUUUCGCUUAUCUGGCGCAUCCAUAUCGUCCGAUGCCCCCUCCUACUUCACUCAAUUCUUCGAAGAACAGAUUCGGCAGAACGAGGAGUCCGGCGGAGUUCGGACACUUUACAUCGAUAGAGAUCCGAUCACGUUCCGAGAUGUAGCCCGGCACCUACAAGGUUACUAUGUCAAGCCAGUUGAUGGAAGCCACUUUGUGAAGCUGUUUGCGGAUGCCCAAUUCUAUAGUCUGCCACGACUGAUUGAUCAGCUAUUCGAGUCCGAGAUCUUCAUCCAGAUCGGUGAACGUCACUUUCAAAUACCAAAGGACAUCUUCUCCGAACCGGGCAACUCGCCCAACUUCUUCUCCCUAGGCUUCGCCGUUUUCUUCUCCACACCAGGUGAGGUAUUCCCUGGCUUGGACCGCCGGGGACUAUUGCGUCCGCCUUCCAUAACUCCGCCGUAUGUCCCAGGGAGAUCCGCAGACAUUUUCGGAGAGCUCCUUCAUCUUCUCCGAGGGUACCCUCUUGACGUGAGGAAUGAGUCCCAUCGAGCCGAGCUACUACGAGAUUGUCGGUACUUCCAUCUCCGAGGGUUAGAGCAGAAGAUCAUAGCUCAUGAGAUCAGCUACAAUCCGGAGAGACAAAAGCAAGAGAUAUGUUUACGGCUGGACGAUGUCAAGCCUUCGGGGGUGUCAUACACCAGCGACGAUUCUACUGGGGACAAGUCGAACGCGGGAGGCUGGGUGUACUAUGCCAGGCCUUUCGUAGACGACACAUCGUACGAAAUGGUGAUCGAAAUUGGAGGCGAAAGCACCUUGUUGGAUUUGACCGAUAUGAGAGCCGACUUUUACGGCUUGUCCAAGGCACGAGUGUCCUCUUUAUUUCAGGUCGUCGCAAACAAGAUGAAUAUGCCUACAAAUGCACCUCUCGGGUUGAUGAUGCUCUCGGGAGGGCGAUCUUCGCAUUCCGCCAGUCCUGGGCAUACACCAUUGAGCGAAGACCGUGUCAAAGUGCGCUUUGACGUUGCGACGGACAUUACAUUGGACGGGGAGCGCUACGACGCUGAUUGGGACAGCCAGACGGCGGUUCCUCCUGCUGUCGGAAGCCACCAGCGCCGACCCAAGACUCGACAGACCCAAACUGGCGCGUCAUUGCAAUCCACCUCCGGUCGAGGAUCCCUUCCUGUUCCGCCCAUUCAAACAAGUCGAUUGUCCGAGCAGCCUUUGGCGAAAAAGAGGAAGAGACAAAGCAGUCAGGGCGACCUUGGGGAGUGGACGAUUCGUACGGGGCAAUGGCGACUGCGGGUGCAACCCAAUCCCUCGGAUGCGAUACGAGGUGGGUAUGAGCUUGUGUUCAUUGGCGUCAAGAUCGACGCAUACUCGAACGAAAGGGCACGAAAUGCUAGGAGAGGCUUCCUCAGCUAG